AUGGAAGUAAGUAGCGUGCUCCACAUGAAUGGAGGAUUUGGAGAUAACAGUUACGCAAGCAACUCAACAAUACAGCGAAAGGUAAUAUCCAUGACCAAGACAAUAACAGAAGAAGCAGUUACUGGAAUAUAUGGAAACAAAUUCCUCAAGACUAUAUGCAUAGCAGAUCUUGGUUGUUCUUCUGGGCCAAAUACUUUGUUCGUGGUAACUGAGGUUAUGAAAAUGGUCGACAAAAUAAGAAGAAGUUUUGGUCGUCAAUCAUCACCAGAAUUUCAAAUAUACUUGAACGAUCUUCCUGGAAAUGAUUUUAACUCCAUUUUUCGGUCCUUACCACGGGUCCAAGAAGAAUUAAGAGAGGAAAUGGGAUCUGAAUUUGGACCGUGCUUUUUCACUGGGGUACCUGGUUCAUUCUAUAAGAGGCUUUUUCCUACUCGAAGUCUACAUUUUGUUCAUUCUUCUUAUAGUCUUAUGUGGCUAUCUCAAGUUCCUAAAGGGGUGGAGAUGAACAAAGAAAACAUAUACUUGGCAAGUACAAGUCCUUCAAGCGUGAUCCGAGCAUACUACGAGCAAUUUCAAAAAGACUUUUCAAUGUUCCUAAAGUGUCGUUCAGAGGAAGUAGUGAAUGGUGGGCGCAUGGUUUUAACAAUUCUGGGGAGAAAAAGUGAUGAUCCUACAAGCAAAGAAUGCUGCUACAUUUGGGACCUCUUAGCCAAGGCACUUAAACAAAUGGUUUAUGAGGGACUCAUAGAACAAGAGAAGUUAUACUCAUUCGGCAUUCCUCAGUACACGCCAUCCCCAUUUGAAGUGAAGGCAGAGGUCGAAAAGGAAGGGUCGUUUGCCAUUGAUCGCCUAGAGGCUUCUGAAAUCAACUGGGCUGCCUGCAGCAAUAAAUUCAAUUUGCCUCAUUCUUUCAAUGACGAUGGAUACAAUGUAGCGAAAUGCAUGAGAUCAGUGGCGGAGCCUUUGUUGAUUGAUCACUUUGGUGAAUCCAUAAUGGAUAAACUAUUUCUUAAGUAUGGGGAAAUUCUUAGUCAUUGCAUGUCCAAAGAGGAGACGAAAGUUAUCAAUGUCACCAUUUCUAUGACAAAGAAAGAAUGA